UGUGUGGCUACUUGGCAGUAGACCACGCAGCUGACUCGAGGCCAGACCUUGUAGAGCCUUGGAUCUUUGUAAAGGCACAGGAAAGAAAAAAAAACUAUACGGACAAACUUCCGUGAGUUGAUAUUCCUGUACCAGGCGUCCCGCCAAUUAUCACUCUGUUUUGAUGAAGACACGAACUCCUUCACUGAAAAGUCGAGGAUGAGGUCCAUUCAUUCUGUUUUGGCUGCUGUUAUCGCGGUAAUCGCUUUGGCAGUCGGCAAUGGAGUCAAUGGGGAGAGACUCGUUGAACCGGCGGCAGGAACCAAGCCGCACAUCAUUAUGCUCCUGGUGGAUGAUUGGGGGUGGGCAAACGUCGGCUACCAUCGUGAAACACCCACUCCAGAAGUGCAGACGCCCAACUUCGACUCGCUCUGUAAGCAAGGACUUGAACUAGACCAGCAUUACGCCUACAAGUUCUGUUCGCCCUCUCGAUGCUCAUUGAUGAGCGGUCGACUGCCCAUACACGUCAACAUGGUCAAUGACGGACCGGACUCGAACAAUCCUAAAGAUCCCGUCUCCGGAUUCCAAGGCAUUCCUCGCAACAUGACUGGCAUCGCAUCUAAAAUGAAGGCUGCCGGGUAUGUCACGCAUCACGUUGGAAAGUGGGACGCUGGAAUGGCCACACCAGAUCAUACACCAAUAGGGAGAGGGUUCAACACUACAUUCGGAUAUUUCCAUCAUUUUAACGACUUUUAUACAGAAGCGGCUCCGCGUACUUGCACGUUCAACAAGAAGGUCUACUCGAACAUAACGGAUCUCUGGAUGAACGAUGGACCUGCCAGUGGCUUCAAUGGCACGUUGUACGAGGAGGAGCUGUUCAAGAGACGUCUGGUUGAUAUACUAACCAACCAUCCUGUGGACACACCGCUGUUUCUGUACUACGCUCCACACAUUGCUCACGCACCGCUGCAAGUGCCACAGAGCUACAUCGAUCGACUCAGCUUCAUUCCGAAUGUUGAUCGCAGGAUCUACCACGCAAUGCUGGCAUUCCUUGACGAGGUGGUGGGUAACAUCACCCAGCUUCUGCAUGAGAGGAACAUGUGGAACAACACACUUAUCGUCGUGAGCAGCGAUAACGGCGGUCCAGAGUAUGCCGGUGGCGGAGCAAACAACUUCCCGCUCCGGGGUGGAAAGCUGACGAAUUGGCAAGGUGGUAUCCGAGUCAACGCCUUUGCAUCCGGCGGUAUGAUCCCAGUUGCUCUUCGGGGACAGAAGUACGAUGGUUACAUUGCACUGGCCGAUUGGUAUGCCACAUUUUGCUCUCUCGCCGGCGUGGACAAACACGAUACCAGAGCGGAGGCAGCAAAGCUUCCGGCAGUAGACGGCCUGGAUAUGUGGCCAGUUCUGUCCGGACAAAACAUGACAUCACCGCGUACCGAGAUUCCGCUAAGCCCCGGCCUCAUCAGUGGUGACUACAAGAUACUCGUCUCAAAGGUGCAGAUGGCAGGAUGGACUGGUCCCAAAUACCCAAACCAGACAAGACCUGCUGGCGGAAUACCUGCUGUGGCAAACUGUCAGAAGAAAAAUUGCUUGUUCAACAUCAAAGUAGAUCCAGAGGAACGUACCGACCUUGCAGAGAGUCAGCCGGCUAUACUGAAGCACAUGCAGGAGCGUCACGAAGCGUGGGUUGCAACCGUUUUCAAUCCCGACAGGGGACAUCCAUCACCAUUGGCUUGCCAGACGGCCAUCGAGAAGUAUGGCAACUUCUGGGGUCCCUUCCUUCCAUAGUAACUUGACUGUCACCCCUUCUUCUCUCCCUCCUUAGUUCACCUCCCAUGUAAUAACCGACACCAUCCGCACCAUGUCUCUCUAACUAACGUAUCACUUGAAAUGUCACACUAAUGUCUGGCUUUUGGCACCUUUGCGCGCUAUGCCACCUGCUUUUUCGCACUUUACUGCGCGCCCUGUUUUAGCUACCUGCCUGGGUAUUAAUUUGGACCCAGAUGAUGUACAGGUUAUCAGUUGUCUGAGGAUUGCCUUAGCUUUGCCAUGUGCAUGAAACGCAGCGUUACAACAAUGA